UUGCAGAUCUAACACGUCUCCACAAACCAAACCACUGUCUUCGUACUCUGUUUACGCUAUAGCAGUUAGCUGAUUCUAGCUUAUUUUAUAUAAUAGAAAACAAGUUAACCCAACUCACGUAUCAUCAUUUCUCUCUGAAUCAUUUCAUCUUUGUUUCAACUUCAAGCUAUAGGCUAGGCAGACUCAUAUAUGCUAUCUUCAACCUUGAAGUUAAAGGUCAAAACUCAGAACAGUAGUUUAGCUAUCAUGUUGACAUUGUUUAUCGGUCAUUGGAGUUGGAGAAAUUUUUGUGAACUAGCUGCGACGUCCGAGAUGGGGAACUGUCAAGCGGCAGAAGCGGCAACGGUGGUGAUUCAACAUCCGUCGAACAAGAUCGAGAGGAUUUAUUGGUCUGUUAGCGCUAAUGAGAUUAUGAACUCCAAUCCAGGCCAUUAUGUGGCACUUGUUGUCACUUCACCCACGUUGAAGUCAGAGAACGGUUUGCCAUUGAAGCAACUUAAGCUCUUGAGACCCGAUGAUACUCUCUCAAUCGGAAAUGUUUAUCAUCUCAUCAGCUUUGAAGAUGUGUUGAAGGAGUUUGCGGCAAAGAAGUGCAUGAAACUUGGGAGAUUGCUCAAGGAGAGAGGCGGGCGUGAUCGUUUGGAGGUGAAAACUAACAUUUCUAGUGGUCCGAAACCAAACCCGACCCAGAACUCNCCUUUUGGUCACAUCCCUGGAUUCUUGCUUACAUAUAGGUGA